AUGAACAUAAAGAGAUUUGAUAAGAUAGCUGUAGUUAGUCUAGACGUCACUGGUACUCUAAUCAAUGUGAAGGGUACAGUAGGCUCACACUAUAAUAAUAUAUUCCAAAGCCAUGGCCUGCACUUUGAUGAGGACAACCUGAAUAGAAACUUCCUCAAGUGCUUUAAGGAGAAGUCAAAGGGAUCGCCAUCGUUUGGUUCAUUCGAUGUGAACACUGUUAGCUCGGGAGAGACUUGGUGGAGUGAGCUCGUCAAGUCUGUCAUCGUGACAUCUACGAUGGAGAGACAUGAUGCAAAUCAUGUCGAGCGAGAUAGACAACUUGCAAUCAUAGACAGAUUGCCACCAUCAGUCUACUCUGAUCUCUAUCAUAGGUUUGGAGGUGACCUUGCUCGCCAGAGCAAUGUUGACGGUGUUGUGUCCACCUCAACAGACAACAUUCACGACUACUGGUAUCUGUAUCCAGAGGUCAAAGACACAUUGGAGUACCUAAGAGCCAACAAGAAGUUACUAACAAUCAUCUCCAACUUUGAUGAGAGAGUUCAUACUAUACUAAGAUUACUUGGCAUUGCAGACUACUUCAAGACAAGUGAUGGAAAGAGUUUGAUUACGACAUCGAUCGACACUGGUUACUCAAAGCCACACCAAGCCAUAUUCCAGAGCCAUUUGGAUAUGAUCAGACAGGUCGACCCAUCAAUUACAAAGGAUCAGGUACUAUAUGUUGGUGACAAGGUAGAUAAGGACCUUGAAGGUUCAUCAUCAUUUGGAUUCAAGUCCCUAUUAAUCGAUCGCAAGAAUCGUCAUCAAGACAUUCCCCAACAAUCAAGGAUAAGCACACUGGCUGAUCUAAAGACAAUGUUGUGA